AUGGAAAAGUCGAAAAGGUAUAUGAAGUUAGCGAAUCUGAUUGAUCGGAAUCAGUUCGAGAAAUACCGGUUGAAACAAAUACUAGAUAAUAUAUAUAAGGCAAAAAUUGUUAAUGUAAAUAAGAUGAAGAAUAUACCAUCACCUAUUAGAAAAGAAAUGAAACAUAUAUUUGGUGAGAAUAUUUUAAGUUUAAAACCGAUCAAAGAGUAUAAACAUGAUAGAGCAUAUAAAGUACUAUUUGAGUGUAAAGAUAAAGAAAAAAUAGAAGCAACUUCUUUAGAUUUUGGUUCUCAUAAAUCUUUAUGUAUAUCUAGUCAAAUAGGUUGUUCAUUUGCUUGUAAAUUUUGCGCAACAGGAAAAAUAGGAAUUAAGAGACAAUUAGAAUUAGAUGAAAUAACAGAUCAGCUGUUAUAUUUUCAAUCAAAAGAAGUUGAUAUAAAAAAUGUUUCAUUUAUGGGUAUGGGUGAACCAUUAGCCAAUCCUCAUGUUUUUGAUUCAAUCCAUUUUUUUAAUAAUCAUAAUUUAUUUGCUUUAUCAAGUAGAAGAAUUAAUAUUUCAACAGUUGGACUCUUACCUGGUAUUAAAAAAUUAAAUGAUCUUUUCCCACAAGUGAAUUUAUCCUUUUCUUUACAUUCUCCUUUUUCUGAAGAAAGAGAUAAUCUAGUCCCUAUAAAUAAACUGUUUCCAUUUAACGAAGUACUCGAACUAUUAGAUGAUAGAAUAGCAAAAACAGGGAGACGGGUAUGGGUAAGUUAUAUACUAAUUAAGGAUAUAAAUGAUUCAAAAGAUCAUGCUGAAGCUUUGUGCAACCACAUAUGUGAUAGACCAAGAGCUGUUAGAUACCUCUAUAAUGUUUGUUUAAUACCAUAUAACAAAGCGAAGAAUGUUGAUGAAAAUUUCCAUAGAGUAAUCGAAGAAGAAAAAAUUCAUCAGUUUGAAAAAAUAUUAAGAAAACAUGGAAUAUCCUUUUUCUACAGAAAUUCUUUUGGGCAUUCAAUUGAUGCGGCAUGUGGUCAAUUAUACGCAGAUUACGAGCCGAAAAAGAAGAAGGAGAAUAUUGAAGAUGGAAAAAUGUCCUUAUUAGAACAAUAA